AUGGAUGAAUACACUUACAGAUCAAAUCUAGAAAAGAUCCUUCAAAUAUCAAAAGUUCGUGAAGAUGUUUAUCAAAAUGCUGAAAGAUUAUUUGUUCCCCCAGGUGCAAGAGGUGUAUUUGGUGGUACUUUAGUUGCUCAAGCUUUAUUUGCAGCCAUAAAGACUGUUAGUGAAGAUUUCAUUCCAACUUCAUUCCACUCUUAUUUCCUUGUUGGUGCUGAUGGUAAAACUCCAAUUUAUUAUCAUGUUUCAAGAUUAAGAGAUGGUAAUAAAUCAGGAACUAGAGAGGUUAAAGCAUAUCAAAGAGAUCAAUUAAUAUUUACACAAACCGUUUCAUUCACUUUAAAAGAUUUGGGUAAAACAAAACCUAAACAAGAAUUGAAACAUCAUAAACCAGCUCCUUCUAAUAGAUCAUUUGAUGAUUAUUUACCAGCUGCCGAAUCUUUCCAAAAAGGUGCUAUCGAUACAGGUAUUGUUAAAUCAGAUGCAAAAGCUGCACUAGAUAAUUUUAUGAGAAGAUUUUAUGAAGGACCAACUGAAUAUUUAUUUACGAAAGAAUUUUGGGGUAUUGGUAAUGAACCAACAAAUCCUGAUAAAGGUAAAAAACCUCAUGAAAUCACUGUGGAUUUUUAUCUAAGGGUUCGUGAACCAAUUACUGAAGAAUUAUUUAAUUAUGUUGCCCUAGCAUAUCUUUCAGAUGCUUAUAUAUUGGUUACAGUUAUGAAAUUUCAUCAUAGACCUUUAUAUAGUUCAGUUUUCAGUGUUAGUUUAGAUCAUUCAGUUUAUUUCCAUAAACCAACAAAUAUGAAUGAUUGGACACAUUUUUCAGUGGAACAUCCAAAAUCUGGGAAUAAUCGACAAUUAAUGUUGGGUCACGUUUAUAAUAAAGAUGAAGAAAUGGUUGCAAGUAUAGUACAAGAAGGUUUAGUUGUUAUUAAUGAUGGAUUAUUGAAAUCGAAUCUAUAG